UAAAAAUUGUGAGAGAUUAAAGUUAUUAAAAAUUAAACAGAUUUGUGACAAAUACCAUAAUUUUUUUAUAUGUUCUAAGCGUUUAAGGAUAUAGUAUUAGAUUUGGGAAAAGCAAAAAACGUGUGUAAGCACAACUAAGAAAAUGUCCCGCUUACAAGCGCCGGAGGAUAGAAGCGCCUCACCCGAUCUUAGCGAUUUUGAUAUAAGUGGAUUCCUUAUUUCGCAAUUUGGCUCGUCACUUGAAGAAAAAGAGUGGCAAAGUGAAUUGCCAGAUGAUAUCCCGAUUGACGGUGAAGAAUCAAUCAUCACAGAUGUUUUUGAUUCAGAAGUUGAUGCACAAGAAACAGACACCAUGACUAAUGUGCCUACAGUAUCUCCAACAACUACAACAAAGGAUGGUUCAGAUAAAAUAUUUAAAUAUUCUCCAUACACAAACAAAAGUUCCUCAAUAUCUGAGCAACUACUAGAAGUAAAACCAGAAACUCUUUCAGAAUAUGAUCACAAAUCAGAUUCCCAACCUGAGAUCGAACAUGAACAACAAUGUAACAUAGAAGAAGAACAUGAAACUGAGCAGGAACAUAACACAGAACAGGAAUUGGAUACAAAUAUACAGUCUUUAGCAAAACUAUUUGAAACAAUAACAAUAACUACUAGUGACUUAGCCGAACCAACAAGCUUUACAGAUUUAUCCUUAGUAUCUCUUACGAAAAGUUCAGAGACGUCUAUAAAUGACGAAGAUGGUGUUAAUACAAUUCAGCUGGAUACACUGGAAGAAGUACAUGAAAAGAUACCAGAGGAGGUUCCAGAAAAGUACGAAAGUAAACUAUCAGAAACAAAUAUGUGUUAUAUAAAUGAUAUGAGUAGUUCCAGUUCGGGAAAAUUGAUAAUGAAUGAAGAUAAAGAUCAGGAAUUUUUUAAAGCAGUAACAACGCAUUCUGAAAAAGGAAUUAUAAAGCCAAAAAAAAUUGGUCCCACUUCAGGUACAAUAUCUAACCAAUCAACUGAAACAAGUUUAAGUUUCUCAAAGGAAACAGAGCAAAUGUCCAAUGUAGUAGAAGAUAAAGAUAUUAAAGAAUAUAUUAUUGGCCGCAAGAUACAGAAACUGCAAAAGGAAAUCGACCCGCUUUUAGAAAAAGAUAAAAACUCCUCUUCAAAAAAUGAUGUGCGUGGUCGAAUUGAAGAAGGACAAAUAGUAAGAAAAAGAAAGAAGCAAGGAUUAAUCACAUCGGUCAACAAUGAACAAAGUCUUUUAAAAAGGAGAAGAGUAGAUAAAAUUGAUUUUUUAUGGGAUAACGAGCUUAAAGUAAGUAACACAACUACUGAUGAAUGUGAACAUUUAUCAAAAUUUGGCAAUGAGGAGAAACAAAGCAUUUCAAUAAACAACAUUAAAUCGGAAAAGCUGUGUAAUACAGAGAAUAAUGCUGAGUUUAUGGACCUUGAAAAUAUUAUUAUGACGGAAACGAAAAAGUGGGGACAUCGUGAACCGCACAAACGUAGAAAAGUUUUGAAUUCAGUUAAUACUAAUUCAGAAUUGGAUACCAUCGUGAAUAAUGAAAACUUAACUAAAACUGGUUCACCCAUAUUGGUUUCUCAAGUAGGGAGUAUAGUAAAAGGUGAGUGUGGCGUAGAGGAGGAUCAAGAUAAAAAUAAAGAAGAGCAAAAUGAAUCACAAGUGGGUACCAGUGUUGAAGAAAAAUUCAUUCAAAUAAACGAUAUUAACAAUUGUUCAGUUAAUGUAAACGUCACACAGAAUUACAAGCAAUCAAUAGAAAAUUUAGAAGAAAGUAGUAAUGUUUCAGUUUAUACAAGUGAUCUAGAUCCACAUUUGCCAGAGGGCAACCAAACCAAAACUGAGAAACAUCAAGUUCCGGUGAUUAAAACACCUGAACCUGUAGAUGAGAAAUCUGUUGAAAUUAGUACAACUAUUGACACUGAAGAGACAUUAGAAACAAAACAAAAUCCUCAAAUGCCUAGCAAAGCUUCGGAAAAGAAUGAUUUUAAAUCUUCAAAUGAAUCCGUUCAGACUGAAGAAGUACCUUCAUUAAAUAUUAAAAGCACUCCAAAACCAAAAGCAGCAUCUAAUUGGGAACAUUUUUAUACACAAAAAGCCGACGAUGAUGCUCUGAUAGUAUGUCGGCAUUCUAAUAAUUCUUACUCCAGAACCGAUUUAAAUAAUUUAAGUUUAGACAUCACAGAUACGCCGAAUAAUAACGAUAUAAACUCAGCCAGUACGACCGCUAUAUCUGAAAAUUCUUUAGUUAUAAAUUCUUCAUCUGCCACAGCCUCCUCAAUAAAGUCGACUCCUGUAAGUGAAGCAAUAGCGAAAAAUAAUAAAGCCAUGAAAUCGAAUAUAACAAAUAAAAUAUCAGAAACCGGGGCAGAAACAACAACAAAUGUAAAAACAAUAAAAUCAAAUAGAACUAAAAAACGCGUCGUUAUGGUGGAACCGGGUCCAAGUACGGAUCAAAAUUCAGCCGAAAAUAAAGAUAAUUCACUUAAAUUCCCAAAACCCCAAAUAAGAAAAUUAAAUAAAAAACCAGAUCAUCGAAGAAAGAAUGCGGUUCUUACUCCAGACGUCACACCGAAAACAACAGCAACUCCGGUUUUGGCAUCUCCAGUUUCGGCAGAAAAAACAAAAGUUCGAAACAAACCAGGACAGAAGAAAGGUAAAUCUGGAACUAAUAUUUCUUCGACUGAUGUAAAGAACGUUAAACGUCCCGCUAAAAAAGAAUAUAGUGAAAAUAACAGAAGUGAAGUGAAGCCUCUUGGCUUAAAAGAUGCUGCAACGAAACAAUUGCAAAAUGAAACCUCGGAAGAAGUGAAAACUUCAGCAAAAAAAAAUAAAGAUACGACUGAAGCAAAAAAUACGACUAAAGUGUUAUCGAAAGGAACACCUACGAAAACACCACCAGUAACAAAAAUGGAUAAGCCAACUGUAGCUAAAAAUGGAAUGCAAGCAAAACCACCAGUAAUACCUCAUGAUGUAGAAAUAAAAAAAACACUUAAUGUGGCACAAAUUAUAUUUAGUACCCAUAAGGCAAGACAACCCCAUACAUUUACGGCACAGAUGAUGACUAAGUUGGUAGAAAUAUUAAAAGGGCUAAUUGUGGAUAAAAAGUGCAAUUGUGUAUUGAUACUUUCAGACGGUCCGAAUUUUUGCCAUGGAGUAGAUUUCACUGCCCUGACACAUCCUGUUAUAGAAAGACGCCGUGAAGCGGCGCAUAAUUUAGCGAAAGCAACAAAAGAUUAUUUAUAUACGUUACUCACAUUUCCGAAACCUAUUAUUGCCGGUGUUCGUGGUUCUAAUGUUGGUCUAGGUGUGACACAACUGCCACUUUUUGAUGUUGUUAUUAGCACUAAUAAAGCUACUUAUGAAGCUCCAUAUGCUAAAAUCGGACAGUUACCUGAAGGUUAUUGCAUUUGGAAUAACUUACCCAAAAUCAGGGGAAACUUUAGAACGAAAUUGUUCUUUAAUUGUGAUAAACUACACUCUACUGAGGCUCUUUUAUCGGGUUUGGUUAGUAAAUUUUCAUCCACAAAUGAUCUGAAUGAAGUUGCUUUAGAAGAAGCUAAGAAAAUAGCUGCAUUCUCACCAGAGAUGUCUACGGCAAUGAAGAGGACAGUAGUUCUUAAUAAUUUAAAAGCUGUUGGGACGCAAUUGGACGCAGAAUUCGACACGAUCAUUGAGCAAUGGUGCUCAGACAAAUGCUUUGAAAGCUUCAGGAAAUAUAUAGAAACGGGUCAUUUCUGAUUAAAUCACUUUUUUGCAUAUAUAUACUUAAUUUUAAAUAUAUAUCAUACUUAAUUUUAAAGCUAAAUUGCUAUACUAAAGUAAA